UUGAGAGUAGACAAACAUACUCCAAAUAAAGCGGGUAACGAUGAAAGCUAAUUCUCCAUAGUCACCCUACUUUAUCACCUUAAACUUUCCCAAACCCUUCCUCCUAGGGUUUUUCUCCUUUACAAAUCAUACAGAUCCAUAUGCAUUAUCAUAUAAGUUCAUUUGAUGAAAGCUAAAAUUGAUUUUUUGAGAAUUAAUGAUCUUGUGAAGUUUCUAAUUCCAUUCAGUUCGCGGAUUAGCUCGUCCUGCGCCUGAAAUCAAAGGAGCAGGUUGAUCUCUUGCUCUCUUCCCGCACUAUUCUCCCACUGAAAAGAGCAAUUGAGAAUCUGGAGCACCUUUCUGAACGCCCGUCAACGGGAAAUGAGUCUCUUUUACUCAGGUAUUCGAUAUGCUAUGACUAGUAUCCGAGGACAGUUUUUAAUUACCCCUGGCUUUCUAUUCUGAGUCUCCAUGUCGCCAGAUGGUUAGUAGGGGUUAUGGAUUGUGUAAAGACUGCUACCCGAGUUAAGGGUUCUUUCUCCCAUCAGUUACUAAUUUUUGCUGUCUGGUUGUCUAGCUUUCGGAAUGUGCUGGCUCUGCAGACACUCCCUGAGCCUAGUCACAUUUCUUCCACAUCUGUGCUGGCUAGCCCACCAAAAAGUGGAAUAUUCGAACCCAUAGAAAUAUCACCAGCUGUAAUUCCUCAUCUGCCUUCUCCUGAGGAUUCUUUCCCACCAAUGUAUCCGACUUUUCCAACUACAUACGAUCCAGUCCUGACUGGAAGGUGCCUUGUAAAUUUCUCUGCCAUUUCGAGUAUCAUGGACAAAACAGCAUGUGACUGUAAUCAACCUUUGGCAGCAGUAGUAGGAAAUGUUAUAUGCUGCCCACAAUUUAGUAGCUUGCUCCACAUAUUCCAGGGAUCUUACAGCACCCGUUCUGAUAAUUUAGUUUUACAAAAUGCAGUUGCCGAUGAUUGUUUUAAAGAUAUUGUCAGUAUACUUGCUAGUAGAGGAGCAAACAGCUCACUACCAACCAUCUGUUCUGUAAAAUCUUCAAAUCUUACUGGUGGUUCUUGUCCAGUGAAGGACAUAACCACUUUCGAGAAAUCAGUGAACACAAGCAAAUUACUGGAGGCUUGCGGUAAAGUUGAUCCUCUCAAAGAAUGCUGCAGACCAAUUUGUCAGCCUGCAAUUAUGGAGGCUGCACUUAAGAUCUUGGGAACUCAGUCAUUUUUGAAUGACAAUAAGAAUAUAAUUGGACCAUCAAAUCAUGUUGACAUGCUUAAUGAUUGUAAAGGCGUGGUUUAUUCAUGGAUCUCAAAGAAACUCCCUCAUGAUGCUGCUAACACAGCAUUUCGAAUAUUGUCUGCCUGCAAGGUUAACAAAGUUUGCCCUUUGGAUUUAAGGCAACCAUCAGAAGUAAUUGAAGCAUGCCAAAAUGUUUCUGCUCGUAGUCCUUCAUGCUGUAGUUCGUUAAAUACUUACAUAGCGAGGGUACGUAGGCAAAUGCUAAUUACAAAUCGGCAAGCAAUAAUAUGCGCUACUGUAUUUGGGUCCAUGCUACAAAAGGCUGGGGUGAUGACUAAUGUUUAUCAGCUUUGUGAUGUGGACUUGAAAGAUUUUAGUCUCCAAGCAUAUGGACAAGAAGGGUGUUUACUACGAAGCCUACCUGCAGAUAUGGUGUUCGAUAAUUCAUCGGGCUUGAGCUUUACAUGUGAUCUAAGUGACAAUAUUGCAGCUCCAUGGCCCUCAUCGUCGUCUUUCACGUCGUUAUCUCUUUGUGCCCCUGAGAUGUCCUUGCCAGCAUUACCAACAUCAGACACUUCAGGUUGUGAUAGGGGUGUGGUGGAUUUCUUUGUACCGAUUCUUCUUCUUUUUGUUUUUGUUUUGGGUUCGUUGCUAUUGUAGAGAGAAUCUGCUGAGCGUCGAGACUUGUUUGAGUUAGAGGGCUUUAGAUUGACUGUGUGAACAUGUUACGUGUAUAUUUUGAGCAUCUUUCUUCGUGUAUAGUUUUUUUUUGGUUCGGUUUUAUUUUAUGAUCAAUUCUAAGUAAUUAAUAAUAAUGUUUUUAGCUUUUACAA